GAGACCCCCAGCGUGUUCUAAUCUGAACCACACAAAAAUAAAUGGAAGUUGAAAAGCAGAGAGAAAGAGUAGAUAAGCCCAAGGGUGAAGGAAAUAGUGGUGGAUUUCAACCAUAAUCAUGGUCAUGGCUUCUUCAUCAACCAUAUUGCCGUCAUCACUGAUCGCGGGAACAACCCUUUCAAUUAAAUCACCAAACAAGCAACUGUUGUUCCUUCCAAAUGGUUAUAAUAAGAGGUUACAAAAGAAGAGAGUUUCCUUCACUGUCACAGCAGCCAAGCCCCCUGCUGGUGUAUAAUAAACAAGGGAAUACUUCAAGUCAUUGGAGUUGAUGUUGGCAAAGGCCUUGAUAUUCCUCUCUGAACAUUUAUGAAAAACUUUUGUCAAAGUCAAUUUUUUCACUUUAUUUUCGUGUUCUCUACAAUCAAUUUUCAUAGUGAUUUGUUAUUUGGUACUACACGUUUCAAAAUUAUGGGAUAAAAUAUGAAUUCAAAAGUAAGAAUGUCAAGAAUGAGAUUUUUUUUUUUGUCAGUGAAUUGGACAACCUCAAUUCUAGGUAUUUCAGGUAGAUCGGACAACCUCCGAUCCUAGGUACAACACACACCCACACGUUCUUCACAUACUUACCAUUUUUUCUUCUUGAAUUGCUAUUGGUAGAAGUUGAGCCCGAGACCUUUGAGAUGGGGAGGAGACGAAAUGCCAUGUGAGUUAAGACUCGUUGGCGUAAGAAUGGGAUUCAAGCCCAUGUUGUGUCAUAGGGUUAUCAUAGCUUUGUUACAAAAAAUUACUCUAUUUUUUUGGUAUUGGAACGGGCCAAAAGCCCAACUCAAAUGCCUGGAUUUUUUCAUAUCCUGAAUUUAAUCGUAUUUGGGUUCAUUCUUAAAUAGUUUGGGAUAAUAUUGGGCUUCAAAAUCCACAACCCUAGAAAUUGUAAUUGAAAAAAAAUGUGGUACUAAUCCAUCUGACCAAAAAAAAAGAAAAAAAAUGUGGUAAAAAAUGUGAAGAGUAUGUGGAUAUGUUGUGUAUCUAGGAUUGGAGUUUGUCUAAUCCAUUAGGGUACCUAGAAUUGGGGUUGUCCAAUCCACUGAUUAAAAAAAAAAAAAAA